AUGCCACCCCCGCGCCAGGGCGACCGCAAAAGGCAGCCCGCAAACCCCAAACCACGUCCUCACUCGCAAAAACAGCCCAAUCGCAAACAAGAGCAAUCAAAAGAUAAGCAUGCCGAAUCAACCGACCUCGACUUCUCACCCAUCCACAUAUCCCUCCAACAGCUCCUCCUCGAUGUCUUCAAGACCGCACUCCUGGACGAGCCCUCUCCAACCCCUCGCCGAGACGACGACUCCGAACACAGGCCCGAGUCCCUAGACACAAAGUCUCUCAUUCAAACUAUCAAAUCGCACCUCUACCAGCGCGACUUUGACUCUGCCUUUGCCGAUGCAGGCGAGGAUCUCUUGCGCGCGUACGCUUUACGCUGGAGCGCUGCCCGCGCAUUGGGGUAUGCGGGGCUUUUCAAGGGCGUGCUGGCCUGGAUGAAGCAGAGCGAUAGUGCGAAAGACUCGGCCCAAGCAGAUCCACGGAUCAAUCGGCCCACGCGGGCGGUUUGCAUUGGCGGUGGUGCGGGGGCUGAGAUUGUCGCUUUGGCUGCUGCGUGGAGGGACUUGCACGUCAACACCGGGGACGCAGGAUGGGAGCAGCGCGUGGCUGUUCUGUCUUUAGCAGAGCAACAGGAAGAUCAAGAUGGCGGUGCAUCACUAGCAGGCGAGUCCGUCGAGGGCGCUGUCGAUAUCGCCGACUGGUCGAGUGUUGUUGAGCGAUUAUCGAGGACGAUUUCCGCGGGAGAUGUCCCUGUGGUACCGUCACUAAAAUACAAACCACCUCUCGUUCCGUCCUCGACGGCAUUGGAGGUUACGUUCCGCCGCGCAGACGUGCUCAGCCUCCCUCAGGAAGAACUGGAAGGAGUCGUCUUGGGCCAACCGCGUAGCGACCCGCUGCCCUCUAUCCUCGUGACGUUGAUGUUCACCCUCAACGAGCUCUUCUCGACGUCAAUGGCCAAAUCUACCGACAUCAUGCCUCCCGGCUCUGUGCUCCUGGUCGUUGACAGCCCGGGUAGCUACUCGACCUUGAAACUGGGCAAGGGCAAGGAUGGAGCCGCGCAGGAGAGGCAGUAUCCCAUGAAGUUCCUGUUAGAUCAUACGCUUAUGUCUGUGGCGGAGGGGAAAUGGGAGUGUGUUUUCUCGCAGGAUUCGCGGUGGUGGAGGCGAGAUGCAGCGCGGCUAAGAUAUGAGGUUGGGGAGGGUGCUGGGUUGGAAGAUAUGCGUUUCCAGGUGCAUUUAUAUCGGAGGUUAUAG